AUGUGCGCUUCGAUUCUCAGGAAGCUGUCUUCCAGGCUUCACAAGGACAUGGAUGAGACGGCCGAUAACCUCUUGCAUCCGGAGGUGCGCAAAGCUUCGGUGCACGACGAUCCCGAGGGACAUCUAGUCUACAAAAUAGGAGACGUCAUCAGCGACAGAUAUGUGAUUCUAGCAACGUUGGGCGAGGGAACUUUCGGAAAAGUCGUCGAAGUCCUCGACGAAGAAACGGACCAGAAACUCGCACUCAAAGUCAUCAAAAACGUGGACAAGUACCGCGAAGCUGCGAAACUUGAGAUCAAUGUUCUCGAGAAACUCCGUCAAUCGAAGGAGCCUGUCCUGCAGACGUUAUGUGUGCGGAUGCUUGACUGGUUCGACUAUUUCGGUCACAUGUGCAUUCUCUUCGAAGGGCUAGGAAUCUCAGUUUUCGAUUUCCUGAAGGAGAAUCACUACCAGCCGUAUCCGCUCGACCAAGUUCGCCACAUUGGCUACCAGCUCAUCUUGUCCGUCUUGCAUCUACACCAGAUGAAACUGACCCACACCGAUCUGAAACCGGAGAAUAUCCUCUUCUUGAAUUCGGAUUACGACGUCUCGAUGUCGAACACAAAAAAGAAAAGAGAAGUCAGAAGGGUCAAGGACACGAGAAUCAAAUUGAUUGAUUUCGGAUCAGCGACCUUCGACCACGAACAUCAUUCAACCGUUGUGUCUACGAGGCACUAUCGAGCUCCAGAGGUGAUUUUAGAACUUGGCUGGAGCCACACAUGCGACGUGUGGUCAAUCGGAUGUAUCCUCUUCGAGCUGUACCUAGGGAUAACCCUGUUCCAGACGCACGACAACCGGGAACACCUCGCCAUGAUGGAACGGAUUCUGGGUCCGAUUCCGUACAGGAUGUGCAGGAAAACUAAAACGAAAUACUUUUAUCACGGCCACCUAGACUGGGACGAGAAGAGUUCCGCCGGAAAAUAUGUCCGUGAGAACUGCAAGCCUUUGUUGCGAUACAUGGUAUCAGACGACCAAGACACUCGAAAUUUGUUCGAGCUCAUCGCAAGAAUGCUUGAAUAUGAGCCGACCGGGCGAAUAACGCUAUCCGAAUGUUUGGAGCAUCCCUUCUUUGAGCCGUUGGAUCCUUCUCUCCGCAUUCACAAGCAUCCCGGACGGCCCCUACAAAAGCAAGGUUCGCUGCCUGCUGCACCUCCCACGGCCGCUUCUUCCGCCUCCCUAUCUGGCCCAUCAAGCUCUUCUUCUAUCCAGGCUCUGGUGAGCCCUCCCGUCGAAGAGACCCCGCACUACCGUCCGACCAAGCAAUUCAGUGAGAUCAACAUGUCGAAACUCGGCAGUCGGGAGCCUGCCUUGACGCCGUCAAAAAACGUUUCAGCCAAAUUUGGGGAAAUCGAAGAAGAGGACGACUCAUCGGAAGAUGACGACGAUGACGACUUGGACGAGUUUUCGCUCGACAGAAAUUCAUGGACAAGUGCAUCUACGAGAAAAAGCGGAAGUUUCGGGAAACAGCUCACUGUCAGUGAGGAUUUAUUCCUGCUGGAUGAUUCCCCGGGACCCAUGGAUCUUGCGACGUUAGUAUAUGGGGAAGUGCGAGAGAGCCCUCUUCUCAUUCAAAAAGUUAUCGACGCCGGUCCGAAUCAGCCGUCGUUAUCCUCGCACAAUCUGACGGAACUCUACAAGCGCAAAAACGCUCCUCGCAAGUGGCUGUCGUACUCGUCGACGAAAGACGCGAUUUUCUGCCUGCCGUGUUUCUUGUUCGCCGUCCGAGACGCGGCCUCGUACGAUCCGACUUUCACCGAGCAAGGUAUGAGUCAAUGGGACAAUCCAAGAGAUGUCGUGGAACGUCAUGAAACGGGCAGGAUGCAUCUCUUGGCGAAUGCUGUGCUGAAAAUUUGGACAAAAGCUCGGAGCUCCACGGAGAACGGCGGCUCUGCUCCGACGAACAGCAGGAAAGAGCUCAACUUGCUCCGGGAGGCAGCGCAUCGCGUUCUGGACGUCUUACUUUUCUAUUGUCGGCAGCCAUGCCUGCUUGCAACUGAUGUAAAAACAAGGAAAGCUUCUCUCUUUAUAGACCUCGUGCGGUUGGUCGGCGAGCGGGACUGUGCGCUCUCUCUCUACUUGGCGGAUAUGGUGACCCGUCCCGCCGCCGGCCGGGUCGGUGCUGCCUGCGUCGAAACUGUUAAGGGUUUCAGCGGUGCGACCGGUGGCCAUGCCACCAACGCGUCCAGUAACGGUCUGUUGGGUUACCCGGCGCGACUCGAACUCGUCGGUCUGACUGCGAAGCAGAUCACUACAAUGAUCGCUCGGAAAAUUCGCGCUGCCAACUUGUUCUCGCUGAUAUUCGAUGCGUGCGCUCUUAACCAAAUCGCUGUCACGGCACGCUAUGUGAUGAGCGGCGAUGCUCAGACGACCCUAAUCAAUGAAUCAUUUCUGUGUUUGAUGACGGUCUCCGAUGGACUGCCGAGCGGUAAUCUCCUCAUCGAGCGACUCAAAACAAUUGGCCUCUCUAUCGAGCGCUGUCGAGGUCUGUCGUUUGAUGGCACCCUAAAUAUGCGCCGUCACUACGAUGACAUCAGUGAUGAGGUCCAAGCGGUGCAGCCCUCGGCGGUUUUCGUUCAUUCGGCGAACCAUCUGUUUAACGAGAUUCUCGCCGACGCGUCGCUCAUCCAUUUUGAGGUUUCGUUGUUCUUUGGCGCAAUACGGAGACUCUUCGAGCAUUUUACGGCGAACGGCAAAAGGUGGAAUACCCUCGAAUGUUGUCUCGUCGGCAGCGAGAUCGACGAGAAGUGGGCGAUAUCCGGUCGCUGGGAAACUCACUUCGAAAGCGUCGAUGCUGUGAUCGUCUCGUACGACGAGCUUACGUCACUGCUACAGCGGACGAUAUCUGAGGGACGCUGCAGUCAGGACGAACAAAUCAAUUUAUUCAUGAUCCAGACACAAAUGAAACGAUUUUUAUUCCUGGUCCUGCUCCAGAUAUGGCGGACGGUGCUACAGAGAGCGAAGGUUGUGACGAAACUGCUUCAGAAAAACGACUGUCUCCUGUCGAAGGCGUCCGUCAUACUCGGCGGCUUGGUCGAGGACCUCAAAGAGAUGAAAUCGACGUUACAUUGCCACAUAAAUAAAGCGAAAGCGUUCGCUGAAAGCCACUCGCUCGAAUCCGAAUGGAGUACCGAUGGAAAAAUCUGUUCACAGAAAGCAUUCGAGGCGGAAAUAUUUUCACCGAUGAUGGAAAGUCUGAUAAAUCAGGUGGAAGCUCGUUACGACAGCGUCACAAAAACUCAUAUCUUGUUUGAUUUCCUCAAUCCGGUAGCACUGCUCGAAGCCCAGGAGAACGAUCUAAAAAACAGCGUCGCCAACAUUAGUAUCGUAUACCGAGACGACCUGAAGGAGCAGCCUUUGCUCAACGAAAUCCUCUCGUUCCGAGUGGCGUUCCACGAGGAGUUGAUGGCCAUGAAAACACCGAAGGAUGUUCUCGAUUUGUUAGUGAGCAUGCAGCUCACAGACGAUUUUGUGAAUCUCAGCACUCUGUUCAAACUCUCAUUGUGCCAACCAACCCACGCGUCGACGUGCUUCUUGGAGAAGACUCGUCAGAUACGAAAAGCUGCUCAACACGGCGACUCGGAUAUAGCCGUUAUAUCGCUUGAAGGCGGAAACGCCUGCAGCAAUCCAGCCGACGAGUCGGAGUUCCUCAAUGUGAUAGACGCAUUUGUGGAGAGUAUCACCAAUAACUUCGUCUGA